UCCGCGGGAAACCAAAAUGGCGAGGGGCUGUAGCGAAGUGGUCUGUGUUUGAGGCCGGUGUGAGAACGCUCGCUCGUCUCCCUCCCCACCGACCUCGGUUUGUUCCCGCGUAUGUGCGGGGCUCCCGGUGGGGCGGUCCCCGGUCAGGACUCGGACUCGCCGGAGAAGCGCCCGCGGGGCCGAGAGGGGUUGUGUUUUCCUUCCUGUAUGAAGCGGUUGGCACCACUGAAGUGACCGAAUGAGAGACUCUACAGGAGCAGGUAAUUCACUGGUCCACAAGCGGUCUCCUUUACGUCGAAACCAAAAGACCCCAACAUCCUUGACCAAGCUGUCUUUACAGGAUGGACAUAAAACCAAAAAGCCAGCAUGUAAAUUUGAAGAGGGUCAGGAUGUCCUAGCUAGAUGGUCAGAUGGCUUGUUUUAUCUUGGAACUAUCAAAAAGAUAAAUGUAUUGAAACAGAGCUGCUUCAUCAUAUUUGAAGACAGUUCUAAAUCCUGGGUUCUCUGGAAGGACAUUCAAACAGGAGCCACUGGAAGUGGGGAAAUGGUCUGUACAAUAUGUCAAGAAGAGUAUUCAGAAGCUCCCAAUGAAAUGGUUAUAUGUGAUAAGUGUGGCCAAGGGUAUCAUCAGUUGUGUCAUACACCUCAUAUUGACUCGAGUGUGAUUGAUUCAGAUGAAAAAUGGCUCUGUCGGCAGUGUGUUUUUGCAACAACAACAAAGAGGGGUGGUGCACUUAAGAAAGGACCAAAUGCCAAAGCAUUACAAGUCAUGAAGCAGACAUUACCUUAUAGUGUGGCUGACCUUGAAUGGGAUGCAGGCCAUAAAACCAAUGUCCAGCAGUGUUACUGCUAUUGUGGAGGACCUGGAGAUAGGAUCUUUAUGCUGGCAGACACACCAAAAUCUGAAAGAUACGAGCAUGUUCUGGAGGCAUUAAAUGAUUACAAGACCAUGUUUAUGUCUGGGAAGGAAAUAAAGAAGAAGAAGCAUUUGUUUGGGUUGAGAAUUCGUGUUCCUCCUGUGCCACCAAAUGUGGCUUUCAAAGCAGAGAAAGAACCUGAAGGAACAUCCCAUGAAUUUAAAAUUAAAGGCAGAAAGGCAUCCAAACCUAUAUCUGAUUCAAGAGAAGUUAGCAAUGGAAUAGAAAAAAAAGGAAAGAAAAAAUCUGUAGGUCGUCCUCCUGGUCCAUAUACAAGAAAAAUGAUUCAAAAGACUGCUGAGCCAACUUUGGAUAAAGAAUCCAUUUCUGAGAACCCUACGUUGGAUUUACCUUGUUCUAUAGGGAGGACUGAGGGAACUGCACACUCGUCCAAUACCUCAGAUGUGGAUUUCACGGGUGCUUCCAGUGCAAAAGAAACUACCUCGUCUAGCAUUUCCAGGCAUUAUGGAUUGACUGACUCCAGAAAAAGAACUCGCACAGGAAGAUCUUGGCCUGCUGCAAUACCACAUUUGCGUAGAAGAAGAGGUCGUCUUCCAAGAAGAGCACUCCAGACGCAGAACUCAGAAAUUGUAAAAGAUGAUGAAGGCAAAGAAGAUUAUCAAUUUGAGGAACUCAACACAGAGAUUCUGAAUAACUUAGCAGAUCAGGAGUUACAACUCAAUCAUCUGAAAAACUCCAUUACUAGUUAUUUUGGUGCUGCAGGUAGAAUAGCAUGUGGCGAAAAAUACCGAGUUUUGGCUCGUCGGGUGACACUUGAUGGAAAGGUGCAGUAUCUUGUGGAGUGGGAAGGAGCAACUGCAUCCUGACUGUAGGACUGAACAUUAUGUUCACUGCACUCUCAGUUUCUGUAGGUACUAUUUAGAACCCUAAAGGAGUCUGGUUUUUGCUAUCUUUCUUAAUAAAACAAAACAAAACCAAAAAAAAAAACAUCACGGAGGAGAUGAUACUAGCCUUAACAUGUACUUGUCACUGUUAUGGAUAUUGUCAUAAAAAGAUAUCUUUUAAAAAUCAGAACAGAGACUUAAUUUUUUAAAUCUUCAGAUUUGUAGAAUGUUGCUAGGAUAGGAUAUUAAAUAUGAUUCCAACACAUGCAUGGUAUUAGAUAAUUUCUCUAAUUCAUUGAGUCAGUUUUUGUGAUUAGUGGUUAUCACAGCAAACAGAUCAUGUAGAUAGCACAAGUACUUGGAGGAACAUUGUCUGUUUUGUUACCAGAAUGUUGGAAAAAUUUAUUUCAUUACCUUUUAGAUUUCAUAAAGUGCAGUGUAUAUAAUGCCUACUGAAAGACUGUAAGAUAAUUGAAAUUUUCUUUCAAGCAAAGUGUAAAAAAUAUAUUGAGCCUGUAAAUUGCUCUGUGACUAGACUUCAUUGUCGUCUUAAUAUAUUCUUUGCAUGUACAUAUAUAUACACGGCCGUGUAUAUAUAUGUGUGUGAUUAUGUGACCUAUGCAAUACAAAUUAUGGGAAUUGGCAGCUUUGGAGUAUAUAAUCCCAUAAUUCUUUUUUCAGGAAUAGUUGCAGUAUUUACACAGCAGCAUUUCUUCUCAGGCUUUCAUUGGGUGCUGUUGCUUGCUAUGUAUGAAGAGAAAUGUGUCAAACAAGUCUUAGAAGGUUUGAACACCAGUGUUCUGGGCUUCUAGAAUGCUUUCACUGUGAGUCCUUGUGACUCAGCUGUUCAGUACCUGAAACAAAUUAAAGUAACAUUGACAUUAUUUCCUACUAGAAGUAACAUUUUCAAGUUUUCAUGGCACAUUAUGAUUGUAAAUGUCUCUCAGUUUGAACAGUAAGUCUAUAGGAGUCCCACGGGGAUUCCUGAAAUGUCUGUAGUAACUGUUAGUCAUGUCUGAAUAAGUGUAGUGUGAACAAAGUAUUUUAUUGCACAGGGUUAACAAACAGUGUGUAGCCAGCUGAGGCUGCUGCUGUUUUAUUACAACAUUACCUCUUGUUUUUAUAAAAUGUACCAAGAUUUAAAUUGAUAACUUUAUUUUACAUGUAAAAAGACCAGUUUUCUUUUAUCACCAGUGUUAGAAUUGUCCUGUUUCUUUUUGUUUUGUUUUGUUUGUUUUCUUUCUUAGCCAAAGAGUAAACAGAAGAAUAUUCUUAUUUUGGUGGCUAUUAAUUUUACUUUUAAAAGUGAUUGGUGGACUUUAGGCUAAGAUUUGGGGGGAAUUUGCUGCCAAAAUGAAAAAUAUGUAAAGAGUAGUGAUGACAGAGUGGUAAAAAUGUGGUUUAGUACUUAUUUAUUCCAUUAAUUGAUUAUUUGAUUGUCUAUAAAGAAAGUUGCUUUAUUUCCUUAAACAUCUUCAAAAGAUGACUUUUUCUUGUCACAUUAUAGCCAAAAGAAGCAGAGAACGUCGCCGUCCUGCAUUUGGUUCCUGGCUGACCAGGUACAGAUGAGCUUUACAAAAGUGCUACAUGAAAACUGUCACUUCUGUUUACCUCCACCAAAACUUGAUUUUCCCCUAGCUAUUAAUUUAAAGUUGCCUUUCCUGCAGCUGCAAUAUUUUGAAUAACACACAGAGUUUGUGUUGGUUUUUGAAUGUUUGUUUAUAUCUAGGGGUAAUGGAAAAUGUAAAUCCCGUGUAACCCUAUUCACUCCAUCUGUAUCAUAUUCUUUCAUUUUCCCUGAGUCCUUUAAUUCUAACUGAACACCAGCAGUAUUUUUAGUAGCUCUCUCUUUAAACAUACUUGGAAGAUGAUUUAUCAAGCUGAAUUGUCUUUAGACGUAAUUGUUGUGAAUGUUUGUUUAUUUUACAAUGGUGGCUCACAUGGCUCUGAUGUUCAGUUUGUAUUUUUGGAAUUGCUUUACUUAGAAUUAAAACAGACCAACAUUAAAUGUGUGUAUUUUUUAAAGA